AUGGAGACGAUUAUAGACCCUUUCAGCCAGAUCUUAUGGCAGGACCCUUCAAUACUACCGGCAGACAGUGUACAGCUCCAGCCUGUCGAGGAACAAGUCAAAGAGCAACUUAAUCGGAAUGAAAACAGAUUUCCAACUUUCCUGGCCCAUGUCUCAUCCUUGGAAAAGAAGGGACGUAACACAGAAACUGUUUUUAUAGAUGAGUAUAUCCAAGGCUUCACCGAGCGAUCGUUCAUCGAUCGCGGCGCAACCUUCUCGGUAGAACGAGCCAUCGCAAUCCCAAACCCUCAAACAACCAGCUCUGCGCCUGCAGUCAUCCGCCAAAACCGUGUAGUGGCUUUAAAAACAGUUCGGAUUCAGUCUCAAUCUGAUGAACUACCCAAGGCAGGCUGGGAUCACGUAUUGCUCGAAAUUCGCGCUCUUCUUCACGAGACCCUUCGCUACCAUCCUAACAUCGUGCGCCUCGUCGGCUUGUGCUGGGGACCCAACGGAGCAUCCGGAAGCGUUUAUCCUCAACUUGUCAUCGAGCAUGCAGAACACGGAACGUUAGAGGAUCUGCAAAGUAACUCGAAAUCACCACUUUCUUUCGCUGUCAAGCAAAAACUGCUGUAUGAUGCGGGGAAAGGCUUAUCUAUCAUUCACGCUUGCAGCAUUAUUCACGGCGACAUCAAACGUCAGAAUGUACUGAUAUUCGCAGAUAAAUCCAGUCAUGGCCCUUAUAUAGCUAAACUGGCUGACUUUGGAGGCGCUGUCUACGGUUCUGAGAAGUAUGACUCUUAUCGCUUCAUCUGCAAGACACCGAGAUACGCGGCACCGGAAACCGACGGCAUAGUCACGGCGGAGGCCGCAAAGCUAUGCGACGUCUACUCUUUUGGUUUACUUGCCUGUGAAACAUUUGCAGAUGGGGAUUUGGCCAAUCUCCAUUAUGAGUUUAGUCCUCGGCGAGAGGCUUCGGGUUCAUCGGUGACGCUGGCUCAAUUGAAGCAGUCGGGACGACUUCUACACAGAGCGACAUGUAUGAUCCAAGAUUACUUUGAUAUGCGUGAGAUCAAUCAGGAUUGUACGGAAAUGGUUCUAUAUGUUCUUGAACAGACCAUACAAAAGAACCUAGCAGAUAGGUCUUUGGCCAAGGCACAGGUUGCUCUGAGAGGCAUCCCUCUUUCAGAAAUUGAUGAGUACUUAAGUAACGUCGACCAAAUGAAUCGCAAGUGGAAGGAAGUUGAAGACAACGAACCUCCAGGAAAGCAUGGCAUUAGUGCAGACGGUGCUGGACUAUUUUUAGGCACUGUUGGAGCUACUUAUGAUCCUCAGAACAACACCCCCGGCUUCAGGCCAAUAGUCAAGGCCCCAGUAAACCCAGGUUUCGUCUUUGAGCCCGAGAAACUCAAGAAGGUCUUGUCAUGGCAGCAGCAAGAACAUAUCCUCCAAGCCCUUCAUGCUAUCUCAGACUCUGGGGAUCAAAGCCGCGAUGUCGAACUACAUAGGCUCUUCGCAGCUUGGUUUCUCUUCAGAUGCCACAUCGCCGAAUUUGGCACGUCCCUCGACCCCGGAAGAGCCUGCGCUGCACUUAGACGAGCAGCAAGUGACGCAGUAACCGGAUCUGAUGAUUCAAGCGGGUUCGAAUAUCUCGCCGCAUCAUGUGUAUGGCGUGUGAGCCAAGCUCUAGGACAAACACCGCCCGAGCUGCUAGCCGUCUUUCCGUCGAGUCUCACAUGGGCUACUCUUCGUGGAGGGUGGCAAGCCGGCCAAGAUCUCGAGGACGCUCUGCCGUUACUGAGUGACGAACUGAGAGACAACGCCACCCAAGCAUGCUCGACAGCACGGAAGCUUGCUAAUCACUACAGCGGCGUUCCUGGGUCUCUUGCGUUCCUACCACGGCAUUUGAAAAAGGACUUUCAGAUCGAUGACUUGGAGCAGCUGCAACAGGAACUCAAGGAGGAGCUUGGAGAGGCCUACGACCAGUCACUGAAGAGCUCCCUCGCAGGAAAUGAAAAUACUCAGCAGGUGACUCAUUUCGACAGAAUCUUUGUCAACAGUCGUGGACAUGGAGUUCUGCACAUGGCAGCAGCCCGUGGACAAGCCAAGACAAUUGACCAUCUCAUCAAGACCUUCAAGUUGACUAUCGACCUUCCGAACCAAGACUGCGAAGAAACGCCAUUGGUCUGUUCUUGUCGGAAUGCCCAUUUAGAGGCUUCACUAGCACUACUUAGACACGGUGCUGAUCCAAAAGGACAUCCCUUGGGUCAAGACACCCCACUACAUUGGCUGUGGAGGUUCGAAAAAGAGGAUAUGAUGUCAAUGGCAAAGGGCUUACUAGACGCCGGGGCUCUAAUAGAUGCCGCAUCAGGUGGCAUGAGAGCUGAAGUCCUCAAGGCGUACGCCGACUGGGAGGGAACUAUGUCUAUCUCCACAACACCUCUUGGCAGAUGUGUUCUAUUCCAGAACAUCCAUGCUGCAGAAGUCCUCAUCGAACUUGGUGCUGAUCCCUUUAUUGAAGUUGAAGGGAAGUCACCCUUUCAGCUUGCCGCUCUGCUAGCAUUCCCGAAAUUCCUUCGACUAUUCUUGAGACAGGGCUAUGCCGAAUCGAGGAUCUCAGGCUUGUUCGAUGGUUUUGACGAUCUGGCUCUUUUAAAGAUGACUCAGGGGCAAAGGGCUGGCAACCGAGACACGUUUUCCUUGCUCAGCCGACUGAUUAGAAACGGCCCGAGAUAUCGUUCAGAUGUCGAGGAAACACUUGCCAUUUUCAAGGGGCAGAGAGAACUACUCGGUAACGCCGACUCAAGUACCGGAUCAUCUGGAGAAGCCCUGUGCAUGCAAAUUCGGCUUGGGAACCCUGAUAUCGUUGAGGCGUUACUAAAAAUGGGUCAUAAUCCCUCCGGCUCGCCUGAUAAUCGACCCAUGCGCGAAGCGAUCCUGCUCAAUGAUGAGAGAGUGUUUCGACUGUUGAGGGACUAUGGCUGCGGUAUCGAAAGUUACCCUGAGUUGCCGGGUACGUUACUUCACGACUCGGCAACGAGACCGGCUUCAUCGCCCCCUGGGACUGUCAUAGCGGAAGAGCUCAUAUCGUCCGGAGUUUCUGUUAUGGAUCAUCCAGCAGGGACUAGACCGCCUGUUGUUGAAGCUAUCUUACAUGGAUACUUUGACCUAGCGAAUCUACUCAUACAGCAUGGAGCGCAAAUUGGCAGCCCAUAUCAGCUGGGGACCGAACUCCCGCGAAUUUCCAUUCUCAAGGAGCUACUUGAGCAAAGAACGGAGACGUCGCUGUCAAUCCUUCAAUCCCUGUUGAAACCAAACGACACAACAGCUGAUCACGAGUCUAUGCUCCAUCACGAUGAGCAGUUUGACUUUAUCGUGGAUCAUAUUGGUGACGCCGAAGAACAAAAAAGCGCAUGGAUUGUCCUUGCUACCUCGCCACCAGCACGCAAGAACGUAGUCGAAGCAGAAAUCUACAUGGCGCAAGUCCAAUGCAUGCUCUCAGAGAAUUCGCCUUUCGCGACCAAAGAGUGCAUAAACUUUGAUCAUCCAAAACUUGGUACCGCCUUGUGCCGAGCCGCUUUGUUCCAAAAUCAUUUCUUAGUCGGAAAGCUUCUUCUUAGCGGUGCUGAUCCCAAUAUCAGAUUCCGUCAAAACUUUGGACCAGCGCAGAGAUACUUUGGCGACGGAUCACCGAUUAAUCUCGCGCUGGGUUGCUAUGAAGUUGCUAUUGAAGGCUGGAGUGAGACUGUGCCGGAUACUAUGCUGGAGGACAUGCGAAGUGUCAUUAAUGAAUUGGAGUCUAUCCCGGACUAUCCGGAGGAAGCGCUUACCCGAGGAGAGACACUCAGGAAGCGGCAUGAGGAUAUAUUACGGCUGCGAGAUGACGGAUUGGCUAUGCAAUCGCAGAUGGCUAGUAUGAACCUUGAGCAAGGGCCAGUUGAUCUAUCAAAUAUGAGCGCGGUGCAGGCGCCAGAAGUUGAGGAGAGCCAGCGGGAGAUGUUUCAGGCUACAGAGACAAUUAUUCGAUGGAUGUUUGAUUCACAGCGAUACGGAACAAUUGGACGAGCAGAACUGGCUAAGAUAGCAGAAGGCGAGAACGCAUAGCCAGUCUAUCAAUAAACGCUAUCCGAAUAAGUUAGUAUACA